GCGAGUAGACACAAGAUUUUGGCCUGAAGUGGUUUGUGCAGCAGCGUACCUCAAAAACAGAACUUUAGCUAACACCAUUGAAAAGAAAACUCCUUAUGAGAUAUUACUGGGGAAAAGACCUAAUGUUAAUCAUUUGAAGUUGUAUGGGAGUAGAGUUUUUGUAAGAGUACCUGAGCAACUGAGGAAGUCGAAAUGGGAUAGGAAAGCCGAUUUGGGGGUUUUAAUGGGUUAUUGUGAAGUAGGCUACAGAGUGCUAAUAAAUAAUAAGAUAGUUGUUGCUCGACAUGUGGACAUUGUUGAAAGUGGUGUUCAAUGUAUUGGAUUUAAAGAUUAUGAUUCAGUAAGUGAAUAUUCUAGUGAUUCUGAACACGAAAGUAUAGAAAAUGAAACUGAACUAAUAGAAAAACAGAAGGAAAUUGAGAAAAAUGAAAAGCUUUCUCAUAAUCAUGAACCAGAGAAAGUACUUGAGUUGAGGAGAUCAUCUAGAGAAAGAAAACCAAAAAUAUUAAAUGAUUAUGUUUACAGCAAUUUUAUUUAUGUAAACUUUUGCAGUGCAAAUAGUCCGGAAAGCUUUGAGGAGGCGAUUAACAGCGCCGAAUCAAAUUAUUGGGAAAAAGCGAUGAGUAAGGAAAUUGAUUGUUUGAACAAAAACAAAACAUGGGAAUUAGUAGAUAAACAAGUUGAUUAUUUGGUAAUGUUGUAUUUUGGAAGUCAAGAAAACAAGCGAGUGUUACAAAGGCUUCAACUUUCGCAGAAUAUGUAGCAUUGUCUGAAGCUGUAAGCGAG